AAUUUACACUUUCUAGUUCACAAACUACUGAUUAUCAAAAAGGAAUGUUCUACCGAUGAGUAGUUCCAAUGUCUUGUAUUGAUUUAUCAGGUGUUCUAUGUGUACAGUACAGAACACCUGUACAAUUCACACAUAACCUUUUGACGUGUUAAAAUGUUUUUUAGUUAUAGUAUUUUUAUAUUGUGCAUUCUAAAUGUGGCCUUUGCAUUUGAUUCCGAACAGUUGGAAGUAUUUGACGUAGUGGAAGAAGUAAAGGAGAAUUUUUACGACUUAUUGAACAUACCCCAGAAUGCCUCAAGUUCAGAUAUUAGGUCAGCUUUUCGAAGUCUUUCUCUUAAGUUACAUCCAGAUAAAAAUUUGGAGAAGGACACAUCGGAACAGUUUCGUAACUUAGUUUCAGUUUAUGAAGUUUUAAAAAGUCCUAAUAAAAGAAAAUAUUAUGACGAAGUUUUGGUAAAUGGCUUGCCAAAUUGGAAGUCGGCUAUAUACUACUAUAGAUAUGUCCGAAAAAUGGGCAUGACUGAAGUAUGCAUAAUAUUAUUUUCCAUUAUAACAAUUGGCCAGUAUUUGAUUAAUUGGGCUUCAUAUUUUGAAAAAGUAAUAACAAUUAAAUCUAAUAUGAAGAGAAAGCCUGCAAGAAAGGGAGUCAAUACAGAGGACUUGUUGCUUGAUUUACCUAAACCUACAGUAUUCAAUACAUUACCAUUUCAAAUACCUCGCUUUUUAUGGUACUCGAUAAUAAACCUUCCAAGCGCAUUUAGUACAAUAAAGGAAGUUGUUACUGAGAAAAUAGAAAAUAGCAAACAAGUUGAAGAAGAGGAAGAAGUUGUGGUACCAAAGCCAAAAACUGUUAGAAAACGUAACAAAGGAUUUAAAGUACCUGAAGGUCCCACUUUUGAGGCGAAUUAUAUUGGCACUCAAACUGAAUCUUCCAAUAGUGCUUCAUCACCACCCCCAAUGACAGGUGGCUUAUGGACUGAUGAUGAUUUAGAAGAGCUUAUUCGUUUGGUAAAAAAGUAUCCACAAGGUGCACAGAAAAGAUGGGAAAGUAUUGCUGAAGCAUUGGGAAGGUCUGUACCUGAAGUCACAUUCAUGGCUAACAAAAUGAAGGAGAAGCUUCUGAAAACAUCUGAGCAACCAGAAGAAGCACCACCACAAAUAAAAGUUAAGCAAAAGACAAAAAAAGAAGUGGACGUGGGUGAAGAAAACAAGAAAUGGAACCAAACACAGCAAAAAGCAUUAGAAGAUGCUUUGGCCAAAUAUCCUAAAGGAUGUACAGAUAGAUGGGAUAGGAUAGCUGAUUAUGUACCUAACAAAACGAAGGAGGAAUGUAUGGCAAGAUUUAGGUAUUUAGCUGAAACAUUAAAAAAGCAAAAGGAAAAUACCGAACCGGCUUCUGAAGAAACAACACAAUAAAUUCAAAUUAUCGUCGAAUUUGUUUAUAUAUACAUAUGUAAAGGCUGUGAAUAGCUUCCCAAUCAGAAACAUGUUAAUCUUUAUACCAAAAUUCCUUGUUGCUUAAUAUGAUGUACUACACUGUCUGACUAAGUAAUUUUUAAAUAAAACAGUUAUUUUUCCAUAGCUUAA